GAUAAUGUUACAAACAAUCGAAGUAGUGGUACAUGAACCGGCCCGGGUCGACAUUUAAACGUACUUUCCCUAUAUUGCACCCAAUUAAGGUUUAUACUUGGGCCUUAAUUGAAAGUUUUAUUGUAGUAUUCGGGACGAGUCAAGUUUUUGGCACCGUUGCCGAGGAGCAAACAGUUCAUUAUUUUGAAAAUAUUGUUUGGUGUUAAUCUAGCUUUUACUUUUCUCUUUUGAGUUUGUGAAUCUUGCUUGUGCUAGACGUAUUGUGGCUCUUUUGAGUGUAUGCAGGGAGGUGUAUGACCCGAAGUAAUCCGACACGUUUGGCGCCACUAAACGAGAAUCUCAACCACACUCUCUGACACUUGGCUCGUGAGAGGGAACUGGCGGAGGCAAGAAGGAGGAUAGAAGAGGAAGUUGUAGUUGAAGAAGGGUUUGAUUCCGAAGAGGGGAAGUGAAGUCGAUAUGGUGGCUAAUCAACCUGCUCAAGGAGGAGCGAUCGUGGAGGAGAAACCAAGGAACAUGGGCUACUACAUGGAUCCAAGGGCGGCAGAGAUUCAACCUGCCAUUCGAAUCCGCCCAUGGCCGCCAACAAUUUCGAGUUCAAGCCCGCGCUUGUCACCAUGAUCCAAAAUAAUGCCCUAUUUCAUGGGCUUAGCAAUGAGUCUCCGAGGGAGCAUGUUCAGAAGUUCAUUGAACUUGCGGGGAGUUUGGAGAUCAAUGUUGUCCACGAGGAUGCUUUGAAGUUGAGGCUAUUCCCCUACUCUCUUGAGGGGAAUGUGAUUCGGUGGCUCAACAAUAGGCAGACUCUCUCGAUCAUUUCGUGGGUUGAUAUGCUCAACAAGUUUAUGACUCGGUAUUGCCCACAUUCAAAGAUGGCACCCACUUUGAGCAAUAGGAAGAUGAGACGUUGAGGGAUGCUUGAGAAAGGUACUCCGACUACUUCCUCUAAUGCCCACACCAUGGAUUCGAGGAGAAAUUCUGCAUUGCGACCUUCUAUGGCAGUCUCCACCAAAAUGACAAGAUCCUCAUUGACUCCUUAUGUCAAGGGAAAUAGAUGAACAUGACUCCACCCCAAGUGAACGAGUUGCUGGAAGACAUGGCAAGUAAAGGGUAUGACUUGGGUUAGACAAGAAAUGGAAAGAGCAGCACCACAAGGAGAGUGCAAAGUGUAGGAGCGAGCCCCCCGCUUGAAGCGAAGAUUGAUCGGUUCAUUGAUGCACUCCUAGAGGACAAGAAGCAUGGGAAGAGGCCAGUAAUGGUGUGUGAUUGGUGUUCAAGUACCAGCCACGAGAUUUCGAUUUGUCAAAUGAUGAAGGAAUCUCGCACCCGUCAGGAACCAGUGAGUUUCAUUGCCAAUGCUAGGGGGAACAACCCCUAUAGCAACACUUACAACCCGGGGUGGCAAAAUCAUCCGAAUUUCUCUUGGUCCUCUCCUACCAACUCAAGAACCCCCUGGUUUCCAAGGGCCAACGGGAAAUUAUCAACCAAGGCCUACUUCCAUUAAACAAAGGCCGCAAUUCCAA